AUGUUGACUACUCAAGCCAGCGAAUCUUGCAACGCAUCAGUGCGACAUUUUCUCAAACCAAACCACCAGCUGGAUCAUUUUUCACACACUUUAAUAGCUUGCUGGCAGAUAAGAGAUACAAGGAGAGAACAAGUGAUUUUGAAGCCCGUGAUCAAGUUCUCUCCAUCUCCUCGCCACACAGCAGGAUUUAAAGCAAGCUGCUAA